AUGGCCAAGAGAGCCCUAAUGCUGCUGCACACUACGGGCAUCAAUUUUAGCCGCAGGGCGGCCAUGAACUACAACUCGGAGUCCGUGUUUUUUAUCGUUUGCACGACUUUAGCAUUAUAUAAUGCCUUCGAACUGCUUGUUCUCAUUCUUACGAUAUUUAAGAGAUACAAGGGCCUCUACUUUUGGAGUAUAUUUCUCGCAUCAUUCGGCCUGAUUCCGUACUCUGUGGGUUGGACGCUCGUCCACUUCGAGCCCACUAUCGCUUAUGUUGGCAUGAUACUUGACACCAUUGGCUGGGUCCUGCUGGUUUCAGGCCAAUCUGUUGUCUUGUAUUCGCGAUUACAUCUAGUACUCCACAAUCCCAACAUCCUCCGCGUUGUCCUCUGGAUGAUUAUUUGCAACGGCGUUAUCUGGCACACCUCUGUUACUGUGCUCCUUUUUGGUUCCACAUACAGUCCGCGUCAAAACAGAAAUGGUUUCAACGCGGUGUACAAUGUCAUAGAGAAAGUCCAAAUGACCUUCUUUUGCCUCCAGGAGUUCAUAAUCUCCGGUCUAUAUAUAUGGGCUACGGUGGAUAUCCUCAGAACGGCUUUCGGCACCAAGAGACGAUUCAUGUGGCAGCUGUUCAGCAUCAACGUAUUGAUCGUGAUCAUGAAUGUGGCGCUCCUCGCAGUCGAAUACAAGAGUUAUUUCACCUUGGAGCAAGGACUUAAAGUUGUCAUAUAUUCUAUCAAGCUCAAGCUCGAGUUUGCGGUCCUGAACGAGUUAGUCAAAUUUGUGCAGCACCGUGGAGACCCCAAUUACAGGUCUACAUCGCACUGUCAUAUAACUACCACUGUGAAGCCAUCUAGUGACCAGCCGCACACAAAGGACAAAAAAGCUCAAUCCGCAAGCAUGCCGGAGGCGAUACACAUGGAGGACUUGCAAGACAAUGCUGCGGGGUCUUUAGCCCCUGACACGUCAAACUACCAUGAGAGUGAAAACAGUCAAAUCAGGGUCGCAACAACGAUAUAUAUGGAAGACCGUGUCUUGGAUCUCGGGGAUGAAAGGAAUAUGCACCACCUCUACGACGACGCAAUUCGGCAGAUCUCGAGGUCGUAUACUCGGCCUUGA